AUGAUCGGAGAGCAAGAGGCCCCUGCGCGCGCUGACAGCAUCGUACCCAAGAAAAAGAGGAAGAAAAGCAAGAGGCCCAAGAGCAAGCGUGGCCUGGGCAAACCCACCGGCUUUGAAGAAUACUAUGUUGACGCUCCCAUGACACCCACUGAACACGAGGCUGAGGAGGAGAUUUACAGCCAGUCUCGACCCAUCAUCCAUCGAAUUGAGGAUGCUCUGCAACGCUACCAGAAGAACCGUCGCCUCGAAAACAACCGAAGGGCUAUAUUCUUGAAAUACUUGGCUUACGGCGGGGUGGAUGUCUCCCCGAAGAUGUUUGAAGGAACCGAUCAGAAAGAUCUUCAAGAGCUCGACAGCGAGCAGAUACUUCAGGCUAAAACUCAGACAAGCAUCGCGACAGAUUCUGCAAAGCUUCCUAUUGACUUCGAUGCGGUGGUGCGGGGCUUUCUGACUUCAUACUUCCCAUUCUACUUCAAUCCUGAAACUGAAGACAUGAUCAAACUAGGCACUGUUACCAUUCGAAACUUCCUAUGCUACUUGAUAUACCAUAAUGUCUGUCCAGAAUACACUAUCAAUAUCCGCGAGGCCAUUGAUUCGUGCGACACUGCCACCGAGGAGCUUUGGUUGAACCAACAAUUUAUGGUCAAAGGGCCCGGCCAUUUCAACAAAGCCUGCUCCACACUCUUCGGUGGCGAGCGCCGUGAUUGUUACAGGGAACAGAAAGAAGAAGAAAGCUCGUCGACGGAUGAGGCUCUCAUGACCAAAGAUGUGGCGCACAAGGUUGUCAAAUUCGCUCUCGCUGGUGCAGGAACAGAUCACAUAGCGCGAGGUUUCCGAGAACAAGGUAAUAUAAAUGACCUACAUGCCAUCCGCAUCAGCGACAUCGACGGGUUCGAGAUCAUUGCUAUUGAUCCACCCAAAGAUACCAUCACCGACUUCUAUGAGAAAUUUGCCCCCGACCUCGUUCCUGUUGGACGAAUCGUCGCAAAAUCCUUCAUGGACCCAGCCAGGGCUUCCUGCGACAUGACACCGGAAGAACGGGAGCAAGUCCCGCCAGUCUACUUCUUCAAUUUCUUUCUGGAACAACCGCUGAUGCAGCUCUGUUACGUGGGCAUGAAGGUGCUUACACCGGUAUGGGUGAUGGAUUGUGGACUGCACUACUUUGAGGAGACUUUCUGCGUGUACACCUCCGACUACACGGUUCUUCCAAAUGACCUUAUGCUGGGAUGGAAGAAGCCACGGCCAGUGAACGGCAGUGCGGCAGAGGAUGAAUUUGGCGCAGAUGAGGGAGAGUCUCCCAAGCAGAACAAUGAGAUUGCAGACGUGCAGGAGGUACUUUAAC